AUGGAUUCUCUCAACCAACCUUGUCCCGACGAAACCGGUGGGCCCUCGCCGAGUCAACACACCGACCACUCGGGGAGUGAGUCCGACACCUCGUGUAAUGACGAACUCCCAACACAAGGGCAGUCGGAGGCCCUUAGGUCACAAGGCAAUGACACUGUGCUUAGCGCGCCAGAAUUGGAGUUCCGCACACCUCGUGUACGGAGCGCUAAGACUGCCGCAAGCGAGACGCUGGCACGGAGACUCGCUGACACGAGUGAAAGUGACAGCGAGAAGGAACGCAAGGCAAAGGUAAGGAAGCAGAAGAAUCACCUGCGGAAACUGUUCAAGCAGAGAUCGCAGGGUGCGGACGCUGCCACCGAGAUAAUGCCACCACCCCGCCAGCCGGCGCCGAAAGCGGCGCCUAAGGCGGGAGACAAGCCGAAACCGGCGCAGGUAGCUGGGCGCAAGCCCAGCGGCCCAGUCGGGGACGGCGCAACGGGGAAGUCCGAACCGAAGGCGAAGACGAAGGCCUCGCGGCGAGCCAAAGCUGGUGCAGGUAGCCAGGCAACAACCCAGCAGCCCAGUCGGUGCUGUCACGUCCACCCAGACUCGCCCGGCGGGAGAGACGGCGGCCGCACGGCCGAAGUCGCAACCAUCGGAGACGGCGAAAAGCGCGCAGAAACCGGCGAAGGUAGCCGGGCAACAGCCCAGCGGCGCAGUCGGUGA